AACAACAAUGAUGGCGGCGGUGAAGACGAGCAGCCGCAGAGUUUCUUCUCUCUUCUUUCUGUUUUCUGUCUUUAGUUUGAGUCAAAGUUUGUUUAACGGAGGAGAAACUUUCAAGAGGAAGUUGUCGGUAGUGUUGAACCCCGGCAGAGUGUCGCCUCCUGGUGGUGACCUGCUGCAUGUGAGAGCCGUGGGAGACAACGACACGCUGCACUACCUGUUCUGCAGCCAGGGGGCGCCGACGCUGCUGCUGGUCCACACCAACACCACCACGUCUGAUGUCAAGGUGGACUGGGAUAAGUUCCUGCAACGUAAUGUCAGUGGCAGCCUGAAGGUGGAGCCGGAGAGCAGCAUCGUGUACAGCAAGGCCGUCGUCGUCAGCAGGUUGUUAGAGUACAACGACGUUAACGACACGGCCGAGGCGACCUCUGACCUCUUCCCUCCGUACGACCUUCAGAACGUCAGCUGGUCUGGUAUGAACCUAUCAGGAUCCAGCGCUGUGCUCUGUAGCUCCGCCCUCAGCAACGGCUCGCUGUGCCUGCAGCUGUCGGUGUUUGAUGCGGAGGGGCGGGACCAGCCGUGGCCCCGCCUUCUGCACACAGGAAACUCCUCCCAGCUCGCCGUGUGGUUGGACGGCGUGUUGCCGCGGGCGACCAGAUCCAGGUUCCUAUUGGAGCUGCAGGCGGUGGGCGGAGCUAAUCCUCUGAACAGCGUGGAGGUCAAAAGGUCCAUCGACGACGAAUACUCACCGUCAAUAUUCCAGGUGUCUCAGUGGCUGUCUAACAGUUCGGAGGUCGGCGGGUUCGUGCAGUGGCGGCCGGUCGCUUACCGCCGCUCGUCUCCGGCUCUCGAGGACGUGACGCCGUGCCGUCACUCAUCGCCGCGGAGACAGAGCGACGAGGCGGCGGUGUCGGCGGCGUCGGGUCUGAUCAAAGCGUUCUACGAUGAACCGGAAACAUUCGCACUGAACAUCAGCUUCGGACUUUCUGGAGAACCGUUCUACAACAGCACCCGGUUCCUCCGCUGGACGGUGCUGGUGGGCGUCGGCGAACCCCCCAUGGACACCUUCUCGCCGCUUGUCCUCGCCAUCAUGGCGGUCGGUUUGGGAACUCCCAUGAUCCUCCUGCUGCUGGGCGGAGUCUACGUGUGCAUCAAGAAGAGGGCGGCGGCCUCGUCGACGGGCUACGAUCCAAUCAACUGACGGCUGAGUCUCGACCGGCCAAUCAGAAGACAGAGACAGUUUUUUAACUCACUAGUUGAUGGACAGGUGACGUCCCGCCUACGACGCUCCUGUCAGCCAAUCAGAACCCACCAAACUUUUUACCGGUUGUUUUUGAAGGUCAGAAAGCUGCUGAUUGGAAGAAUUCAAACUUUUAAAAAUGCAGCCGCAAAGAUGAAACUAAAAAUGUUGUUUUUAGAAAAACUGAGUUGUUCGUUAUUAAUAAUCAUCGGUGGCGGUUUCACACUUUAAAAAUAUGUUUGAGGCGUUCAGGGACUCGAUAUACUGUUGGAAAUAUUGUUUUGUUCUUAAACAUCAGGAAGCUUUUUGUGUUAUUCUCAAACUCAAUAAAAGUUGUUUUAUUUUAAUAAUUAAAAUGUUUGUGAUUAAACAGAUUUUUACUCUGAACUUUUG